AUGGCAGAAAUAAAACAAGCCUGUUAUGACGGUACGGGAGAUGUAGAUUUGUGGCUUAUGAAAAUGAAGUUCUAUUGUUCUACAAAGAAAUUUGAAGGUAAACAAGAAGCUCACGCCAUAGCGAGUAAACUCGAGGGGGCGGCGUUUCUAUGUAUUGCGAGAUUAGACGAUGAACUUCAAGAUGACCCAAAAGAAGUUAAAGCCGCUUUAAGGAAGGAAUUCGACAAAGAAUCGAUCGACCACGAGAAAGCUGUCGACGAAUUACGAGGUUUAAGGCGAAAAGGCGGUGAAACACCAGCACAGUUAGCGUGGAGAAUCGAAAAGUUGAUGGCGAAGGCUUACCCGGAGUUAUGCGCGUCAACACACGGAUCGGCGAAGAAAACAAAGGAACAAAUGUUACAUGAUACCUUUUUGGGAGCUAUUGACAAUGCAAUGAGUCGAAAGAUAAAGAGCGACAGUAAACAUCGAGAUUUAAAUUUAACACAACUUUCUGAAGAAUUAGAUCGGCUCGAGCUAAUUUAUAAAACAACAGCGCCAAAAGUAAACCUCGAAGUAAACAAUUUGAAAACGACAGGGGAAGCAGACGAAAUAUCGUUAAGAAAGAUAAUCAGAGAAGAGGUAGCAGCCGCCCUAUCCAAAGAAAACGAUGGAAGUCGGGAAACGGAGGACGAAACAAAACGUACGGUCGGGUUCGUUGGAAAGAGAAAUUUCCCGCCAAAACCUAGGAAAUUUCCCGCCAAAACCGGUAAAAAUCAAGCGUGUUUCCACUGCCAGUCGCCUGAACAUUUUCGGAAAGACUGUCCAUUUAAAGAUCUUUGUCAACGCUGCUGGCAAAAGGGCCAUACAGCACCAUCUUGCCAUGCUACAAGCCCUCGCCCUUCGCCGUCUUUAAACUCCAAGGCGGCUGGGAACAAUCGUCAGCAAAAAUAAAUUCGUUCUCAGCCGCGAAGAAAUUUAUUACACUAACUGGUACAGUGGUUCAGUCUGGAAGCAGAGAGUUCAAGCAUGAGUUUAUUUGUGAUUCUGGAGCAGAGGUUUCAGUUAUUCCAACGGCGUUAGCACAAGAACAUUACAUGAAAAUUCAACCAACUACACGUCACGUGGAGAUGGCUAAUGGGACACACGCAGAAUGCAGAGGUGUGGUUCAAACAUCAGUUACGGUAGGGACAAAUAGUUGUAUAUUGAGUUUUUUUGUGGUAAGUGGUGUUCAAAACGGGAUUCUGGGCUUGGACUCUUUGGGAAAAUUGGGUGUAUCGUUGAACACAAGAAAAAAAUUGGCAACAAUAAAUGGGGCCCAACCCGUGUUACAACCGGAAGUAGAUACCCCUCAGGAAAUGCUAAAGUGUUGCCACAUACGAGUUGCGGAAAGUCGUGAUAUUAAGCCAUUUGAAGAAAUAUUCAUUUGGGGUAAAUUGGAAAAUAAGAAUGAAAAAUUUACUAGAGAUUCGUAUAUCGAAGGUACGGAACAUUUUCAGCAGAGAACUGGGCUUCUUACAGCCCCGAUAAAGAUUUCGGCAGAAAUGAUGAACGAUGGAAGUAAAAUCCCCAUAUGUGUACUGAAUACUACUGAUAAAUCAAUCAGAGUUUAUAGAGAACAAACUGCGGCCACAAUUCAGGAACUGCCAAGUACCCACAACAUAGCACAUAUUUCAGAGUCAAAUAUGGGGGGAAAUAAUCCAUCAUCACAAUAUGACCCGGUCCCAGAAGUAUCAGUUGGUGAACAAUUGACAACACAACAAAGAGAAAACCUAGAAAUUUUAAUUCGAAAAAAUACACAAGUUUUCGACUACCCAGGAAACAGUGGGUUCACCACAACAAUAGAGCACACAAUACCCACAGCCGUAUCUGAUCCAAUUGUGUGCCACCCCAGACGACACAACCUGGGGUUAACACAAAAAAUUAAUGAAGCAGUAGGAAACCAUGUAAAGUCGGGACAUUUGACACCCUCUAAGUCCCCUUGGGCAUUUCCAAUUGUACCUGUAUUGAAACCAGAUAAAACAGUUCGAUUGUGUGUAGACUACAGACCACUUAACAAAAUUACCCAGAAUGACCCAUAUCCAACUGGAAAUUUGCAAAAGGUUCUAGACAAUCUAUCAGGUGCUAACUAUUUUAGUGUUAUUGACUUGGCCCAAGGUUAUUUGCAGGUCCCACUGGCCAAGGAAGAUCGACCAAAGACAGCGUUUCGAUCACCUACUGGGUUUUGGGAAUGGACAAGAAUGCCAUAUGGUUUAAAAGGAAGUCCGGCAACUUUUUCUCGGUUGAUGCAGAAGGUUCUAGGACACAUUCCACCACAUCGGUUGGCAUUGUACAUGGAUGAUAUCUGUAUUAUUAGCAAAACGUUUGAGGAACAUUUAGUAAAUCUCCAGGGAGUAUUUGAUGCAUUGCGACAGCAUGGAUUACGAGUUAAAGCUAAGAAAUGUGCUUUCGCAAUGAAAGAAGUGAAAUUUCUUGGACACAAAGUUUGCAACAAGGGUGUGCAGCCAGAGGAACAUAAAGUAAAGGCAAUUCGUGCAUGGGUUGCACCAACUUGUCUUAAAGAGGUGCAAAUGUUUUUGGAUGCAGUUGGGUGGUAUCGGAAGUUUAUCAAGGAUUUUAGUACAAUUGCUCGACCAUUAACAUGGCUUUUGGAGAAAGAUGUCACAUUCACUUGGGGUAAGGAGCAAGAUGAUGCAUUCAAUACACUAAGACAUGAGUUGGUUAAAGCUCCAGUAUUAGCCCAUCCUGACCCCACUCGACCCUUUGUUGUUACCACGGAUGCAAGUAAAGUGGGUCUGGGUGGUGAACUAUCACAAGAUGAUGCACAAGGACAAUUACAUCCGGUUGCAUAUUUCAGUCGUGCAUUGACCAAACGAGAACGUUCAUAUCCAACUUAUGACAGAGAAGUGAUGGCUAUGCGAGACACGCUUAAGCAUUUUCGGUAUUAUCUGUUAGGAGCACAAGUAGUGAUGAGGACUGACCACAAACCUCUUCUAAAGAUCCUGGAACAGAAAGAUCCAUUUGGACGAAGAGCGACAUUGAUGAGAGAUAUAGCAGAAUUCGAACCACGCAUAGAGUUUAUUCGAGGGCAGGAUAAUCACAUGGCAGAUGCUCUUAGUCGGAUCGGAUGGAAUGUCAAAUGGGAAGACAGAGAUGAGGAUACUAGUAAAGUGGCUACUAUUGGUGGCUCUCAAGACGAGAUUGGUCCAUGCAAGGAUGUAAGGUUGGACAUAAAUGAUUUCCAACUGCAGCAAGAACGUGACCCAACCCUUAAGCCACAUAUUUCUACUCACCGAAACGAACAUGGUUUAUUCACACGAGAUCAUAAGAAGCAAGUGUUACUUCCAGCAUCGCUUGUUCCCACCAUAUUAUCAUUAGCUCAUGACGAAACGGGGCACCAAGGAGCAGAUAAAAUGCUUGCAAGAAUUGAACCUCAUUAUUGGUGGCCAAAGAUGAAAGCAGAAGUAGAGAACUAUGCAAAAACGUGCCAACGCUGUGCUGCUACUCUUGCCCAGGGACAUAGAAAAGCACCCAUUCAUCAACGACCAAAAGAAGAGAAACCAUUUGCGUUGAUAGAAGUAGAUCUCAAGGGUCCAUUACCGAGAACGAAAGAGGGAUUUGACAAUAUUGUUGUGAUAACAGAUCCAUGUACAAAAUAUGCAGAGAUGCAUCCAAUUCGAAGACAAACCAGCCAAGUUGUUUGUAAGACACUCAUGGGUUGGAUAUCAAGAUAUGGUUUACCAAACAAAGUGCACUCUGACAAUGGACCUUGUUUCAUAAGCGAAACAUUUGAACAGUUUUGCAUAACCCAAGGCAUUGAGCAUACUUUCAGUCCACCCUAUAGGCCACAAGGAAACGCGGGUGUAGAACGGAUUAAUCGUACGAUGGGGGAAGCACUCACAAAAUUGGCAGAUAAACAUCCCAACCGAUGGUCUCAACACCUACCUGACGUACAACUAGCAUACAACACAGCAGUUCAUACAAGUACAGGAGUUUCGCCGUACGAACUAGUUUUCAAGGAGCACCCGCGAUCAAAAUUCGAAAUUAUAACAGAGAAGAUAUCACCAGCAACGUUUAGAGAGAAAACGGAACGACUGCGCGAGACUGUUAGUGAGGUAUUCCAAAAAGCACAAGAGUCCGAUGCCAAGUUAGCGGAAAAACGCAGAGAACGGUACAACAGUAAAACUUCGUUUAAAUCGUUGGGGGUGGGUCAACAAGUUUGGAAAAGAAAUUUACGAGCAAAAACAUUUGCAGAUCGGUGGACGGGACCCUAUGUCGUGGUAAAGCCCACGUCGGUAACCAAAACAUCUUAUGUGGUGAGAAGGAAUAAUGGAACUAAAGAAGAAAUUGUCCAUUACAAUUACCUUAAACCUUAUCAGAUUCGACCUGUCAAGAAACCAAAGUCAAGGAAUCCACCAAAGAAGAAUGGGGUCGGACACCCAGCACUGGGUACCAGUGAGGACA